UCGAUGCACUCAGAACGUGUUGUGGUUUUGACUUUGUUUGAAUAUUUUUGAGAGUCAAGACGAAACCAGCAACAAAAAUUCCCCCGCGUAAUGAUCGAUGGAGUAAAUUUUAAUACUAUUGUUUUUGCUAAUUGCACGUAGAAAAUAUGCAUACCCGCACGGCGACUUGUUUGAAGUUACACUUUGUGUUUGAAUGAGUUCGAAAUCAUUUGGCAUGAAAGAGCGCAACCUUGAGAAUCUGUCUGAUUAUUAUAAAAAAUUGUCGUAAUAUUGUUUGUACAUCGCGAAUCUAACAUGUAUUAAAGCCGUGCAGCAGAUGCUUCUCUGAUACAGUAAACAUGAGUAAAGCACAUUAUUGAACGUCCAGUUUAUCAACGUACUCAUUCGACAUGCCUGCGGAGCAGGAGAUGCAACCUCUGAAUAACGAACAGUUGAAGCCUCUACUCGGAUCCCCGGAGGCCAGUGUUGAAAAAGCUCCAGUGGCAGAAGUUGUCAAGCCAGUUGUCGCGCAAGAUAGUCGCAAGCAGAGCAAAAUGGGAUCUGUUCUGAGUACCAUGAAGCAGGUCGGCUUCUUAUCCUUGGCCUGUGUGCAUCUUUAUUGUGCUGCCAAGCUAGCCGAACCAGGAAGCUCUCUGUUUUCAUGGCAUCCGGUCCUAGCAUCCGCUGCGUUCGGCUUGGUGAUGCCGGAGGCUUUCACCCAGAUCAGCCGCCUGUCGGAGUUCGGUAAGCGCUUCAGCUACCGCAGCCGCAUCACCCUCCACUGGGUCCUGCAAGUCACCGCCCUCCUCCUGGCCAGCGUGGGCGUGGGCUGCAUCGUCGCCAACAAAUUCCAGGCGAACCGUCCGCAUCUGAAGACCUUCCACGCCUGGUUCGGCGCCAUCACUUUCGCCUUCGCCAUCAUCCAGUCCGUCGGCGGCUUCCUCAUCAUGAACCCGCGCUUCAAGCCGACGUUCGCGCCCACCCAGGCCAAGAUGAAGGUGUACCACGCCGCCAGUGCGGCGGGUCUGAUGAUGUUGGCCGCCGCGGCCAUGUUCAUCUCCAACUAUUCCCUGUACAUGGCCAAGCAUAAGAUGGCCGCCAGUGUUUACGCCACCGGAAUGUGGGUGUAUCCCCGGGUGUUGGCCGCACGCUCGCUGUGGACCAUCUACGAUACCGGGGCGUUUGGGAAGUUGUUCCAGCAAGCGCCCAUUGUGGAACAGCGUGAUUCCACGUUGUGAUGGAUGAGUGGCGAGUGACAUUUUUUGUUUCAUUCAGUCAUCCCCUGUCGAGUGUUUUUAACCAUGUUGAGGUUGCUUUGCAGUUGUUAGCUUGUGUUUUUAGCAUGUUGAUUCGAAUACGCGGGUGCCUCUAAUUUAUUACCAAGUUUUUCGAAUGGCAAUCUUUUUUGAUUUGUUGGCAAUAAGACAGGCAUGAUUUCAUGUGG